AGGAAAAGAAAAAGGUCGCUUCUACACAAAAAAACAGAGUGAGCGCCACGUUCUUUCACUCCAUUCCAUUUUUUUCUGCUUCAAUCUCUUCUCUUUUCGGAUCACCACAUGACCCUUUCCUUCUUCUUCUCUCACUUCUCUUCCUAACAAAACAAAGUUGAGAACUUUCUCUCUCUCCCUCUGCUUUCUUGGCGUCUUUUCUUGCACCUCGAGCUACCUCUUCCAACUUCAAACCCUUCUUUCUUUUCUUUUUCUUUUUCUUUUUUCUCGUUCUGUGGAAGAUUCUACCACUGGUGGGGGUUUAUUUGUUGCUUUUCUUCUCUUUUUCUGUUACAGAAUCCAACAAAUUAAACAACUUUGUCGUGUUUUUUAUAUGGGAUAUUGAUUCAUGUUGAGCAUUGGAGUGGGUUUGAAUUCCAAAAACAUAAUGGGAGGUGCCGCAGAUGAUAACACCCCUUCUCGGGGUUAUGAGAGUGGCGAUGAAGGAGCUUCUGGAGGAGGAGAAGGAGGAACACUCAGAAGGCACAGGAGUGAGAGUUCCAUUGUUGCAACAGAGGAUGAAGAUGAUGAUCAUGAUAAGAAGAUUGAAUUGGGUCCUCAGUGCACUUUAAAGGAGCAGCUUGAAAAGGAUAAGGAUGAUGAGAGCUUGAGGAGGUGGAAGGAGCAGCUUCUUGGAAGUGUUGACAUCAAUUCUGUUGGAGAGACUCUGGAGCCAGAAGUGAAGAUCUUGAGCCUUGCAAUAAAGACAGCUGGUAGACCUGAUAUUGUUCUUCCAAUACCGGAAGGAGGGACGCCGAAUGGUUUGUGGUUUACUUUGAAAGAAGGUAGCAAAUACAGGCUUAUGUUCACUUUCCAGGUCCUCAAUAACAUUGUUUCAGGCCUCAAAUACACCAACACUGUUUGGAAGACUGGUCUAAAGGUUGAUAGCACAAAAGAGAUGAUUGGAACAUUCAGCCCCCAAACAGAACCUUACACGCAUGAGAUGCCUGAAGAGACAACACCUUCUGGGAUUUUUGCCAGAGGGACAUAUGUAGCUAAAAGCAAGUUUGUUGAUGAUGACAAUAUAUGCUACUUGGAGAUCAAUUACACUUUUGAUAUCCGCAAGGACUGGCAAUAGGAGUGGACCUACUUCUCCAUUAUGAUUAUUGUGCUGGUAAACCACAAAAAAUUUACCCGAAUUAUCUUUGUGCCGACAAAAUGUCCUUAAUUUUUAUCAUCGACAAAAAUAUCUUCAAAUAAUUUUAAAACGUGCCAAAAAUGCCCAGUCAUGAUAAAGAAAACUUGCUUGCUCCGUUAACGGAAAAGCGUGACGUGGUUCACAUACCAAUGUCUAAGUUUCACUUGUCAUAUAAACAAAGAACGUCUCAAUCUACAAAUGUGCAUUUUUGUUACGUUUUUAAAUAAUGUAAGGAUAUUUUUGUCGAUAACAAAAUUUGGAAGCAUUUUUAUCAGUGACAAAAUAAUUCGGAUGCAUUUUUGGUGGUUUAUCCUUAUUAUGUUUUAAUCCUUAGUCCUUGUUAUUUCGGCUGAAAUUUUCUUCGGUGUUUGCUUGAAUGCUUUUUUCCUUUUACUUUUCCAUUGUUUAUUUGUUUCUAAUCCUGUCUGAGACCGGGUAAUCUUAACAAUGAUGAGAGGAUUUGAUUUUGAAGGAUGAAAUGAAAUUGCUAUUCG